AUGCUGCGUGCUACGCAAGUGAGCAGCGUCGUCCUCGCCCACGUGAUGGCGAUGGUUGCGUUCCUCCGGACGCUCCGUCCUGACCAAGCCCGGCUUCGACAGCUGGAAGCCAUCGCUGCGGAUGCUGACCCUGCGGACAUCGACACGGCCAGGCCCUGGGUCAGCAUGCCCUUCCACAUGAGAGACCCAGUGGAUCGCCUGCGCUUCAUUCAUGGGUUCGCAUUCGUGCGAAUGAGCAGGAUCCAGCACCUUUUCAACGCUGCGAAAGGCUUUGGGAGCCAAGCCGCCAUCGCCGCUGGCUGUGGUCUCAGCCACUUCUACACGUUCCGCUACAAGGGGUCUGGCGAGCCUGUUAUGCCCCCGGAGCUGUACAAUCCCCGCACGCACGAGUACUGA